AUGAGUGGCUCAAGGUUCUGCAAAGUGUGCAUUGGCAGCUAUUGGAAAGCUUAUUCAUUUAAGGCUGCAACAACUGAGACACUGUAUUUCAGUGAUGUCCAACCAAUGGUACCGAUACCACCCAUCACUACUACAUAUCUCCCUGACCUCCAAACAUUAAAUGGUUUGUUCAUCAGUGACAUUAGUACAAGUGAUAGAGAAGAUUGCUUGAGCAAGUUUACCGCAUUGAGAUCAUUGAAUUUGCAUGGUCGUCUUUUUCCAGAGUGGGACUUGUCAAGCCUCACUCAUCUCUACAAGCUACACUUAGUAGGGUCUAUGCAAAAGAUGUUUGACAUACAAUGCUUCCCCAAAAACCUUGCUGAGUUGAUCUUGACAAGCUCCUUGCUAAUGGAAGAUCCUAAGAAGAAGCUUGAGAAACUGAGAAGCUUGAGAGUUUUGAAACUGAAGCAGGCAGCAUCUGUAGGCAGAGAAAUGACUUGCUCAAGUGGAGGCUUCGUUCAGCUUCAGUUAUUGAAGCUUUCAUUCAUGAACUCAGUAGUGACAUUAAGAAUAGAGGAAGGAGUGUUGAAUAAAAUUUAG